AUGACAAGGAAGAAGGUGAAGUUAGCUUUCAUAACUAAUGACUCGGCAAGAAAAGCAACAUUCAAGAAAAGGAAGAAGGGUCUGAUGAAGAAGGUGAGUGAAUUAAGCACUCUUUGUGGUAUUGAUGCUUGUGCUAUUAUUUAUAGCCCUUAUGAGAACCAACCUGAGGUAUGGCCAAACACCAUGGGAGCUCAACGCGUGCUCGCGGAGUUCAAGAGAAUGCCAGAGAUGGAACAAAGCAAGAAGAUGGUGAAUCAAGAGAGUUUUAUGAGACAAAGAAUUGCAAAAGCGGGCGAACAGCUGAAGAAACAAAGCAAGGAGAAUAGAGAGAAGGAGAUGACUGAAGUUAUGUACCAGUGUUUGGCUGGAAAAGGGAUGCAGAAUUUGAAUUUGGGAGAUUUGAAUGAUCUUGGUUGGGUUGUUGAUCAGAAUUUGAAGGAGAUUAAUAAGAGGAUUGAAGCAUUUAAAAAAGGGGCUUCCUCUUCUUCUUCUGCUGCUGUUGUAUCACAGGCUGCUGCUCCGCCGCCAGUGGAGCAAAAGCCAGUGGUGGAAUUAGGGUUGGAGGGGAUGCAGAGGACACAAACAGAGUGGUUUAAUGAUUGGAUGAAUAACAACACAAGUGAACAGCAGAUUGGAUUUGGACAUGGAGAUGAGAUGAUUAUGCCUAAUUUUAAUGAUAACCACAACACUAGCAUGUGGCCUAAUGCUUUCUUUCCUUAGGUUUAUAUUUCAUGUUAUGUAAUCCCUUCUGCAUGGAGUUUCUUUUCUGGAUUUUUCCUUUCACUUUUUUUUUUAUCCUUGUUA